AUGACUGACAGCCAGGAGGAAUCUCAUCAUAAUUAUGACAACUUCACACUCAUCUCCUCAAAACGUUGCGAGGCCCUUGUUGGCAUAUAUCGCCUCGGUCACGCCAGAGCUCCCCUUGACUAUCGAUCAAACGUCUUCACAAAGCUAGUCAGUAUAUCCGAAAUCACGAAGCCAAAAGGCUAUUGGUGGAAAUGGCCAAUGAAAAAACGACGCGGUGUCAAGCAAUGCAGGUCAUCGCCAUUGGAGGCACUGCCCUCAGAACUCCUUGAAUUGGUUCUCUGCCAACUGACCAGCUUUGGCGAUAUCAUGAGCUUAGGAAGCACAUCGAGCACGUUUGCGCGUCUGAUAUUUCCCCGGUACGCACCAAGUAGUUUGAGUCCUGGAAGCUGGGCCAACCAACCGGUAACGGCCUUCUUUUGCGACCCUCGUAAGAGACACCAGAGGACCUCAUCAAGUCUAUCAUUUAGCGGGCUGCCGACUGCAAAGACUAUCUGCAACGCGUAUAGCCUACGAUCUUCAGAGUGGGACAUUUCUAUUUACGAUACAUCUGAACGUGAAGGUGACUCGCGCUACCUCAUAUGCAAGCAUCCAAGUGGCUUUGACUCGGAUGCCAAUUCUCCUUCCCUGCCUCGCCGUAGCCAGACCGCACCGCUAGAGAGGGCACUAUACAGACUAUGUGUGCCAGACUUUCAAACAUCCUGGGGCAUCGACUGGGUUCUGCGCAACCAAUCGCGCCGCCGAUAUGUGCGGCUCAAGCUUACCCAACACUGGAAACAAGACCCUAUCCCCAAAGUGGUUGUAGAUGGUAAAGUCGGCGCACCCCUGGAUAUGGUGCUCAUUCUAUGUACACAUUCUGGAAUCCCGGAAUCCCAUGGACCCGUGGGAAAAUGGUGCAAUGAUAGCUUUGACAUUGUCCCCAACACCAAGAGCCAGCGCCAGCAUCUGAAGGCGUACGAGUGGGAGGAUGUGACAGACGACAUUCUCACCACGGGACCGGGCCUAGAAGGAUUGCCGAUCCCGAAGGGGUACAUGCAGGUAUGGACGAGACAAACUUUCUUCCAAAAGCACAGACUAUUCUAA